AUGGCUACUGCUGCUGUCUCUUCUACUACGACCAAAACCAAGAAACUUACUGACCAAGAAAUCACACUUCAGUAUAAUAAUAUGAAAAGUGAACUACAAACUAUCGCACAAAAGGUGGGAGAAUUAGAACAAGACGCCGAGGAACACAAAGCCGUGAUUGAUACUCUAGUCCCACUAAGUGGGGAUCGCAAGUGUUUUCGCCUGGUUGGCGGUGUGCUUGUAGAACGGACAAUUAAAGAAGUACUGCCGGCUCUGAAUAUGAAUCACGAUGGUAUUCGAAAUGCAAUGGAUACACUUUUGGUGCAAUACAAGAAAAAGGAAGAAGAUUUUAACACGUUUCAAAAAGAGUAUAAUAUUCGUGUGGUGUCUAGAUAA